GAUUAAGAAAUAGAUCAUAUUUAAUAAUGACAACAUGAUGUUUUGUACCACACACUGUCAUCAGAAUCUCUGAUCAUAAUGAUUCAUUUCUCCAUCCUGAUUCAACAACUAACUAACCAGCAGUAUAAUCAGGUUUGGAGGAGUAGGCUACAUCACAUGGGGAGGAGGUCAAACCCACGAUUUGUCCACAAGUUGAUUUUGGGGUCUCUUGCGAUUUGCAUUAUGGGUUUUUAUUGUUUUACUGCUCCAACACUUCUCACCACAAACAGUGUUUCUUUGGCGUCGUGUGCUCAACCCUACAUCCACGUCUGGAAUAACUCUGCCACCGAAAAAGUUCAAUGCAAGCCAAAAGUCAACCUGAUGUUCAUGAAAACCCAUAAGACCGCCAGCAGCACUUUACUGAACAUCAUCUUCCGCUUUGGAGAAAAGAUUAAAUUAAAGUUUGCACUCCCAGAUGGUCGGAAUGACUUUUUCUACCCGUCUAGUUUCUUUCGAAGUCAAGUGAAGAGUUAUCAACCGGGUCAGUGUUAUAACAUUGUGUGCAAUCACAUGCGCUUCAAUGCACUGGAGGUAGAGAAGCUGCUCCCCGCUGAUGCGUUCUUCUUCACCAUACUAAGAGACCCUGCCAAGCUCUUCGAGUCAUCCUUUCACUACUACAAAGGUUACGUGCCUCAAACAUGGAGGAUACCUGGCCAAAACAAACUCAAAGAGUUUCUCACAAACCCAAAACGUUACUUUAAUCCCAAGGGAUUCAACAGCUUUUAUCUGAGGAACCUGCAGUUGUUUGACUUUGGCUUUGAGAAUAAUUUGGAAGCUGGCGAUCCACGAGUGCAGCAAAGUAUAGAAUACAUCGCCAAACGCUUUCAACUCGUUUUAAUUUCAGACCACUUUGAAGAGUCACUCAUUUUACUGAAAGAUGCCCUUUGCUGGCAGAUGGAGGACUUGCUGUUUUUUAAACUCAAUGCUAGAAGCACCGUGUCAGUAUCUCCUAUGAGCCCUGAGCUCAGGGACAAAGCUCGGGAAUGGAACAGCGCAGACUGGAAGCUCUACCGACAUUUUAAUGCCACUUUCUGGGCCCGGGUGGAGGCGUACGGAUGGAGGCGGAUGGAAGAAGAUGUGCGGGAGUUACGCAGGAGAAACGCAGAAAUGGAGGCCAUAUGCACUGACGGUCAGGGAGCGGUAGCGCCAGAAGACAUCACAGAUGAACGCAUGAAGCCCUGGGAGCCUAUUGGUGAAGCUACUAUACUAGGGUACAACCUGGGGCCGGAUGUAGAUCAGCAGUACAGUGAGCUCUGCCGGAAAAUGCUGACCCCUGAGAUUCAGUAUUUGACAGAUUUAGGAGUGAAUCUGUGGAUGACUAGAUUAUGGGGCUGGUUAACGGACAAUAUUUUAUCUCUCUAGAAGGGUCGUAGAAGAAAAGUAUUGCACAAUUUUUGUAAUUCAGUUUGGUGACCUCUUUGUAGUUUUGCUGUUUACUAUAGUAUCAAUGCAGAAUGUGAUAUUCAGUGUUAAUGUUUAACUUGAAUAAUUGUAAUAUUGAGAUUAGCUUUGUUAUGAUACUGAGAUCUAAAUGAAACAUUUACUUUUAGCAAACACUUUUAUCCAAAAUGACAUACAAAGAUUAGGAAACAAUACAAUAAUUUGUCAUAGGGAGGCAACAAUGAUAUAUUCCUGAAAUUGUAUAACGCAAAACGGCAUGAUCGCACUGCCUUUACAAUGUAAUCAGGACAGUUCAUCAUCAAAGACUACACCGAGGGUUUCUGGCAGUUUUUGGAAGGAGUAAUGGUUGUGUUACCAAGUUGAAUGGAUAGGUCAUGCCUUCUAAGCAGGCUUAAUACGUAAUGCUAUGGUGGGAUCAUCAGUGUGAAUUAAGUAAAAGAUCUGUGUGUCAUCAGCAUAUCAGUGGUAGGAGAAGCCAUGUGCCUGUAUGAUAGGUCCUAAGGAUGAUGUGUAGAUGGAGAAAAGGAGUGGACCAAGCACUGAUCCCUGAGGGACCCCGUCUGCUAAGCUGUGGACAGCGCACCUUUCUAUGACACACUGAAGGAUCUAUUGGA